AUGUCCGCAGACGAUCGGCACCUGGGCUCCAGCUGCGGCUCCUUCAUCAAGACCGAGCCGUCCAGCCCGUCCUCGGGGAUCGAUGCCCUCAGUCACCAUAGCCCCAGCGGCUCGUCGGAUGCCAGCGGCGGCUUCGGUCUAGCCCUGGGCGCCCACGCCAACGGUCUGGACUCGCCACCCAUGUUCGCAGGCGCUGGGCUGGGAGGCACCCCGUGCCGCAAGGGCUACGAGGACUGUGCCGGCGGCCUCAUGGAGGACUCGGCCAUCAAGUGCGAGUACAUGCUCAACGCCAUCCCCAAGCGCCUGUGCCUCGUGUGUGGGGACAUCGCCUCCGGGUACCACUACGGCGUGGCAUCCUGUGAGGCCUGCAAGGCUUUCUUCAAGAGGACCAUCCAAGGCAACAUCGAGUACAGCUGCCCGGCCACCAACGAGUGUGAGAUCACGAAACGGAGGCGCAAGUCGUGCCAGGCCUGUCGCUUCAUGAAAUGCCUCAAAGUGGGGAUGCUGAAGGAAGGUGUGCGCCUCGACCGAGUGCGUGGAGGCCGCCAGAAAUACAAGCGACGGCUGGACUCAGAAAGCAGCCCGUACCUGAGCUUACAGAUUUCUCCUCCUGCUAAAAAGCCAUUGACUAAAAUCGUCUCCUACCUGCUGGUAGCUGAGCCAGACAAACUCUACGCCAUGCCUCCCCCCGGCAUGCCAGAGGGUGACAUCAAGGCUCUGACCACUCUCUGUGACCUGGCAGACAGGGAGCUCGUGGUCAUCAUUGGCUGGGCCAAGCACAUCCCAGGCUUCUCCAACCUCUCUCUGGGGGACCAGAUGAGCCUGCUGCAGAGCGCCUGGAUGGAGAUCCUUAUCCUGGGCAUCGUGUACCGCUCGCUGCCCUACGACGACAAGCUGGUGUACGCGGAGGACUACAUCAUGGACGAGGAGCACUCCCGCCUUGCGGGGCUGCUGGAGCUCUACCGGGCCAUCCUGCAGCUGGUGCGCAGGUACAAGAAGCUCAAGGUGGAGAAGGAGGAGUUCGUGACGCUCAAGGCCCUGGCCCUGGCCAACUCAGAUUCCAUGUACAUCGAGGAUUUGGAGGCGGUCCAGAAGCUGCAGGACCUGCUGCAUGAGGCGCUGCAGGACUACGAGCUGAGCCAGCGCCACGAGGAGCCGCGGAGGACGGGCAAGUUGCUGCUGACGCUGCCCCUGCUCCGGCAGACGGCCGCCAAGGCGGUACAGCACUUCUACAGCAUCAAACUGCAAGGCAAGGUGCCCAUGCACAAACUCUUCCUGGAGAUGCUGGAGGCCAAGGCCUGGGCCAGAGCUGACUCCCCCCUGAGGCUGGACCACCCAGGAGGAAAGGCCCCGUCUCCCCACCUGAUCACCAAGAGGCAGCACGUACAUUUCGUAACCACCUCUCCGACAUCCCCCCUCCCCUCGGCCUCCACCCACGGCCUGGGCGGGCAGUGAUGAGUGCCAAGGACUCUGGCAUACUCAGGCAGGGGUAUACUUUCGGGGGCUUUCCUCUCCCA